AUGGUUUUGGUGGCGCCUGAUAAUCGACAUAAAAAUAAACAAUCUCGAUGAAAGCCGAAGCUUUCCUGUCAAACUUUCUCAUUGCAAUUGAAAUAACAACAAUCAAUGCCGACCGUUAUCACUCGAACGCUGAUAACGAUAUGAAAGUGUCCCCAGGCACCAGAAAAGUCAAGGUUCCACUUUUCCAAUGUGGGCUCAACAAUGAUAAGACAAUUUCUUUAUUCUCUGGAAGUGUGCCAAGAAACAUGCUUGUUUUUGCCAUCUUUUUCACACAAAUGCGCUAAUUUAGGCCAAAUCAAUUCGACGGAAAAUCAAAACUGUCGCAAAAUUGUGCCGCAUUGCGAUAAAUAACCUGAUUAGUGGAGAGAAUGUAGUGGAAUGUUAUGAAUUAUUCACAUUUUUCCCUAAUGAGAUGCUAUUUUAAUAAGUGAUGGAUACAACCGACCAACCGAAUUCAAUAUGUCACGUCCAACCGAUUCAGAUGUACCCUUUGCCCCCUUUGGAGCCUUCGGUGUCUUUACCGUUCAAGUUGUUGGCAGGCGAGGCGAUUUUUCAUCAUGGGAAAACAGUCGAUGGAUUGAUUGUUCUCACGAAUUAUCGAUUGUAUCUCCAAUUGGGUGACAGUCAUCAUCAUUUGCCGCUGGGUUUGAUUGAGAGUGUGGAACACAGAGAACUGUUUUAUCUACAUAUCGGGUGCAAGGAUGCCAGGACAUAUAGGUGUAUUUUCGGCAACAACGAGAGCUGCAUGGAGUGGUUUGAGCGCAUUUCGAAGGCGGGGGAACCCCCCCGCCAGCUGGAGCAGAUUUUUGCUUUCUACCAUUUCAUCUGGGCGAAAGAUAAAGGCGGUGAAGAAAUCGACGAUAAAAUCAGAAACUUGAAACGUUACACAUUUGAUUACAAAUUAUUCAAAGAGGAGAUGGAACGGUUGCAGUUCGAGGGUGAUUCUUGGAGGAUCAGUGACGCCAACAAAAACUAUAAACUGUGUCCCACUUAUCCACCUUAUCUAAUCGUGCCGUCUUGCAUCAACGACGAAACAUUGGAAUGCGUUGCAAAGUUUCGUAGUUCGCGUCGAAUUCCGGCGGUUGUGUGGCGCCACACGAAAAACGGCGCUGUAAUCGCGCGUUGUAGCCAACCGGAAGUCGGUUGGUUGGGUUGGCGGUCGAGCGAAGACGAGGAUUUGAUAAAAGCCAUCUCGCAAGCAUGUAAUUUUGAUCAGAGAAACGACAAAGAGUCGAUUUUGAGUCAUUCACCGGGAUCUUUACACUCGGAGGAUUCCCUUCAAAUCACAACGGACCUUAGUACCAAAGAGAAAAAAGUUCUAAUUAUGGACGCGAGGUCAUACACGACGGCUGUAGCGAAUCGAGCGAGAGGUGGAGGGUGUGAGUGUCCAGAAUACUACCCCAAUUGUGAGAUACAAUUUAUGAAUUUGGCAAAUAUACAUUCCAUCCGGAAGAGUUUCAAUGCACUUAGAUUGUUGUGUACGUCGUCGGCGGAUCAACCGAAUUGGUUUAGUCAACUCGAGGGUACCCGCUGGUUGCAGCAUAUGUCAGGGUUAAUGAAAGCUGCAGUGACUUUGGUUAAUGCUGUGGAGAGGGAAGCAAGGCCUGUUUUAGUCCACUGUUCCGAUGGUUGGGAUAGGACGCCACAAAUUGUGGCUUUGGCGGAACUUUUACUUGACCCGCAUUAUAGGACUAUGGAUGGUUUUCGUAUUUUAAUCGAACGCGAAUGGCUCGCCUUCGGACACAAAUUCGCCGAUAGGUGUGGUCAUUCAAGUAACGACGACCCGAAUGAACGAUGUCCUGUGUUUCUACAGUGGUUGGAUUGUGUUCAUCAACUUUUACAACAGUUCUCUUGUGCUUUUGAAUUCAGUCAAAGUUAUCUCGUCAAAUUAGCUCAACAUGUCUAUUCAAAUAUCUACGGAACUUUCCUAUGCAACACAUUUCAAGAAAGAAUGAAAGUAGUCAAUGGUAAAACGUUUUCGGUUUGGGAAUUUUUAAAUUCGCCUCGAUUCAAAAAUCAUCUGUAUGCAUCACCAGGCAAUAGUUGUGGAAACAAGGUUUUGUGGCCGCAGUGCAACGUUCGCGAUCUACAAUUGUGGCGUGAGGUGUAUUUGGGUUCCUGGGAGUCUAAUUUCAGCACAGAUGGGGGCUCCGGGUCGUGUCCAGGCCCUCCUGAGACUUCCCCGUCCCACAUGACCAAAACUCGGUCAUACGGAGAUUUGAUAAACGCCGCCGACGUCUGUCCCAAUCAGUUCAGACGUAGCAGCGACCCUAGUAUUAAUAUCGAUAAGAAACUAUCAGUGAUGUCUCAGGAAAACGCCCCAACUCAGGACAUAGUCAAACAAGGCGAUUUUUUAUGCAACGAUACGGACGAAGUGGAGUGCAACAAGGACUGUAUUUACAAAGACGAUAAACCGACGUUUAAAAUACUGAACGGCAGUGCGGGAGUGAGGGACGGUGAUUUUUUAACAGACCAUGUGAUAAACGGUGAUAAGACUGAUAAUAUUGUUGAUGACUGUGAGGAUGAUGUACGCGGUGUGUGUCUACAUGAGUUUCUGACGCCGUCCCAUAACCACAAUAACGAAGUCGAUUCUGAUAAUGAGUUGACCGAGAAGAGCGAAAAUACACUAUGCGAGAAGUUAGAAACGAGUACCGAUACAUUAGUUUCAGAUAAUCACAAUAUUAGUUCGUCCCCUUUGGAAGUGAACGGUUUUGAGAAGCUCCAAAGCCCCGACUUGCCCGACGGGUACCCCCCCAAACUGAAUGCUCAAUUGAGUUUAGUCAACUGCAUUUCGCCGAUGUACUCGCGAACGUCGAGUAGCAGCGGCUGGGACACGCCCCACAAGCCGUGGCAUCAGCCCCCAUACAGUCUCGGCGACGAUGGCUUGGUCCCAGUCACAUCAGCGGCCCAAGAAAGACUGUGGCAGAUCAUCCAAGAGCACAAACGCAAAGAGGAGCAACUCGAGAAGGAGUUACACACUUACAGACAGGCGUUACUGAGACAAUCGUGUCACAGGUGUAACAACAACGAUGAAAAACUCGACGACGCUUCUGAUAGCGAAUCGGAAGCGUCUAAUCGCAGCCCCCACAGAAUUUCGAGCCCCGUUUCCAAUAAAGCGAGUUCGGUUGUCGAGUCGGUUUGCAGCGCCGGGGAGGGGCAAGCCUCCGCUGUUGAGUCUCUCCGAUCGGACAUGUCGUGGGAGGCUUUGGAGGAAAAUUCGAUUUUGACUGAGUGUACGACGACGCUGUGGGUGCCAGACCAUGCGGUCAGUCGGUGUACGGGGUGUCAGACGGAGUUCUGGGUCGGGAAACGGAAACACCAUUGCAGGAAAUGUGGGAGGAUUUUCUGUGCGAGUUGUUCGGAAAAUAGCACCCCUUUGCCCUCCGAACAGCUGUACAAUCCGGUGAGGGUGUGCACCGGUUGCUUCUCAAAGUUGCGAAGAGACUGCGGGGAAGUACCCGACCAGUGCAAGCACAGUAACGGCCAGCCGACGAAUAGUAACCCUCAGAUAACAGCGUCGAGUAAUUAAUACUGCAUUGCAUUUUCCAAAGUUCGGUUGGCGAUGAUUAAAUCAAGGAAAAUAAAGGCUGAACGUACUGUGAUUAGACGAAUUCGUUUAUUUUUUGUUUUUAUCGUGGCUUUUUAAAGAGAUUUUAUUAGUGUUUGUCUUGUUGACAUUAAACAAGUUUUGGAAAAUGUAAUAAAUUUUUGUUUGGUUUUAACACUGAUGGUAAUAAAAAAAAACACAUAGUGCACUUGACUUUUCUUUAAUUAACCAAAUUUACGACACUAAUCACAAGGAUUGUUGCUAUGUUGCAUUCGUUUUAUUGAGAACACUGUGAUGACAUUAAAAGGUAUAAAAGUUUGUAAAAUUUUGCACUAGUUGAAUGAAUUGUCACGAUUUCGCGGAUUUGGGAUUAAAUUAAAUUAACAAUAUAACCAUGUUAUCUAUGUUUCCAGAUCAGAUCCUUGUACAAUAAUUGUUAGGGAGGUACUCGAGUACAUAAAAAAAUGACUAUUUUAUUUUAUAUACCAUUAAUGUAUAGACUCUGUAGAAUAUUGUUGGUUUUCGCAAUAUUUUUUUAAACUGUUUUACCGACUCAAGGUCAAUAAAAACAUUGCGGAAAUUGUACAUAAUUUUUUUCACUAUUAUGUAUUUCUUUACACUUUUUGAUGUUAUAAUGUAUAUAAGAUCAAGUAUUUAAUUGUAAAAAAUAUAACAGUUCCUUUACGAUAUUUUCUAAGCCAGGGCAUUAUAUGCAGUGGGACAGCUUCUUAAAAUAUUUCGUUUUUGUUUAGGUUUCAUCUCUAAAUUGUAAACUCAUUAGUUCUUGGUAUAUUUGUAAAAGUAAACAUAGAUAAUUGCAUUUAAUUUUAGCAACUAUCAUAGCAAUGUAACUUUUAAAAUUAGUUGCCAAUAAAAUAUUUAAUUAC